AGAGAGCGAAAAGUACGAAACCUAAACUACAGAAUGAGAAGCCAGUAAAAUCAGCUGUUGAUUGAUAAUACUUUUGGCUACAACUAAGAGGCGACAACACAGAGUCUCAUUACGCGUAUUCCUCUUAUCAGUUUGUUUUACUCUCAUUCAGUAUUAAUUGGCCCAUAGACAACACACAAAUGUUUUAAUCGCGCUAGAGCUUUUUUGUUUUCGUUUAUUGUCGAAAGAUAUGACGGUGCACAUUUGCCACGCUAAAAAUAAUACAAAAUCUUAGACACUUUCAGGUAUCAACGGCAUAUAAUACGCAACUGUCUCUGAUAACAUUGAAUUAUCAUGAAAUUUGCUUUUAAUUGCCUCAUUAAUAAAAAUUUGGUGAAGAAGUUAGGAUGUGUUUGAAGUUUGUAGCGCAAUAACCUCGGCAAUAACAAAGCGAAAAUGUCUUUCCUUAGUUCGUAUAAAAAUAUAAAAUUCAGUCAUGUAAGGAACCAAUUCCUAGCUGUGAUUUGUGCGAAUCUAGUGUGUUUGGCUCAUGGUGGAUCGAUGGGAUGGCUGUCACCGUCGCUGUUAGUCUUACAAUCGGACCAUACACCACUCCAGAACGGACCUAUAAAUAACGAGAUUGCAUCAUGGGUCGGAUCGAUGACAUACAUUGGAGGCUUCGUCGGCAACUUUAUGUUUAUGGCCAUUUUAAAAUAUUUCGGUAGAAAGAAAACGUUUUGUGUGCUGGCGUUGCCGAAUUUGGCAUUCUGGAUUACCGUAUCAUUGGCCACUCGAAUCGAAAUCUUGUACUUAGGUCGAUUUUUGACUGGUUUAACUGGCGGCGGAACAUACGUUUGCAUCCCGUUAUUCGUAGCUGAAAUCGCCGACGAUCACAUUCGAGGAAUUUUAGGAUCUUUUCUGAUGAUCUUCACUUGCAUUGGGGUCAUGAUUUCUUACAUAGCUGGCGCAUAUUUAACCUAUAGUACAGCACCGUUUGUGAUAAUGAUAUUUCCGAUAGUUUUCACGGUCUCGUUUUUACUGUUGCCUGAAUCACCAAACGAUUUAAUGAAUCAGCAACGAUUCGCUGAUGCAGAGAAGUCAUUAAGGUUUUACAAGAACUGCAACAAAGACACGAAAGAAGAGAGGGAAAGAUUUCAAAACGAAUGGGACAAGGUUCAACUUAUAGCUAAACAAACGAUCGAUAGAGGCGAGAAAGUUUAUCUUAGAGAUUUUUGCACUCGUGAAGCACGAAUAGGCUUGCUCAAAGGAUUCAGUCUUAUCUGUCUGAGUUUAUUUUGCGGGUCACCGGUCAUGAUGAACUAUGCAGCACUCAUUUUCAAAGACUCUGGAUCGAAGCUAGACCCAAGUCUAUCGUCCAUCAUUAUGAUUGCGAUACAAAUAAUUGCCACAACGAUUUCCACCACCUUGAUCGAUAAUGUUGGACGAAGAAUUUUACUAAUCAUUUCAUCUACCGGCACCACCAUCGGAUUGUCGGCGAUGGGAGCAUACACAUAUCUGUCGUACAGUAAGUUCGAUUUGGAUGGAUAUGAUUGGGUACCCGUGACCAGCAUAUCAUUUUCCGUAUUUAUGGCAUACAUUGGCCUAGUGCCGCUAGUAUUCGUUGUGUUGAUGGAAGUGCUACCGGUGAAGAUCCGUUCAUCCGGCACAUCGUACUGUCUCUCACUCAUCAGUUUAUUCAUGUUCCUUAUCGUUAAGUUUUAUCCAACCUUGCUCGCCAUUAUACAUAUGCAUUCCUGCAUGUGGAUAUUUGCGGCGGUUAGUCUACUGGGUGUACUGUUCGGUCUGUUUGUGUUAGAAGAGACCAAAGGUAAGAACAUCAACGUCGAAAUGGGUUGAUUGAAAUUUAUUGUACCUGAUAUCUGUUCAAAGAUCUACUAUAACCUACGAUGCUGGUAGGUAUUGCUAAUAUUACGUUUAAGUUUUUAUCAAAAUGUUCUAUGUGAUUCGUUAAUAAAAUCACAAUUUUUUUUU